GGCAAAGAAAGAAAGGAGAUCGAAUGAAAGGACCUAGUUCACAUGAAUACGUUGCCUGCUAUCUGGACUCUUUUGGAGGCAAAAGUUCCAUUAAUAUCAAUAAAUUAGCCAUUGCCUAUAGAGAAUACGCAAUUUGGCCGAAUGAGGCAAUGUUGGCCCAAGACAAGAUCAUAACAGGUCAUAUCACUAAGUUCAAAUUAUAA